UGCAUAAACAAUAGUAAGCUACAUUCCUGUGCAAGAUUAGUUUGCAUUUGCCUCCCAGUCUGAAUGCGCAUCAAAAUUGCCUAGACAGAGACUUGUGCUUGGUCUUCAUCUUGGUGGUUGCAAUGUAGCUUUCUCGUUCAUUCCCAGUUCAGCAAAUACUUCCUGUGUUUCUCUUACGUUCAGUUUGUCUUUGUAGAAACAAUAGAGUCAGUUUGAAACAGUGGAUACCAAGGGUCCGCAGACCAAACAUCAAGUUCAUAUAUAAAUUAUGAACCCCUCUCUUCAUGACUUUUCUCCUCUCACUCUAUUCAAGUGAUAAUCAUGCGUGCAGUACUUGAUGAUCACAAGAUGUCAUCAAACUCCACGCUAACUGAAUCGCUUCAUGAGAAAACAAUCGUCUUUGGCCUUAAACUUUGGGUUGUGAUUGGGAUAGCUGUUGGAGCAUCCCUCCUGGGUAUUCUUCUUAUUCUUGUUAUAUGCCUUACUAUCCAAAGCUGGGUUAAGCGGUCACGUAGGGCAUUCAAGGAGCUUCCGAUGACCCAGAUACCUUCUGCUUGCAAAGAUAUCACGGAAGUUAGGGUGGCUGAUCAAUUUUCACCCAAUGACUUUGUUGUACAUGAUGGGCUUCUACUUGCCAUUGAGAAUGGGCCUGUUGAAUCCGCUGACAAAGAUGCAGUUCAGUUGUCUGAGGAGGACAAUUUGAGACAUAGAGAAGAUAACAACAAUCUUUUGGGUGGUACUUUCUGUCAUGCAGAUGGUUGUGAUGGAAUUCAAUCUGUCUCUGUCUGUGAACAGCCUUCAGCACAUGCUGCUGCUGAUUCUGCGCCAUUGGCGGGCUUACCUGAGUUUUCUUACCUUGGUUGGGGCCAUUGGUUUACUCUCAGAGAUCUAGAUGUUGCAACCAACCAUUUUUCGAAGGAUAACGUAAUUGGCGAGGGUGGAUAUGGCGUUGUGUACCGUGGCAGAUUAUCCAAUGGCACCCCGGUUGCUGUCAAGAAGAUCCUUAACAACUUAGGGCAGGCCGAGAGGGAAUUCAGAGUGGAAGUCGAGGCGAUAGGUAAUGUGCGCCACAAGAAUCUGGUACGGCUUUUGGGGUAUUGUGUUGAGGGUACCCAGAGGAUGCUUGUGUACGAGUUUGUUAACAAUGGUAAUCUUGAAAGUUGGCUUCAUGGAGAAUUGUCCCAGUACAGCUCUCUAACUUGGUUAGCGCGCAUGAAAGUUCUUCUGGGGACUGCAAAGGCCCUUGCCUACUUACAUGAGGCACUUGAGCCAAAGGUUGUGCAUCGUGACAUUAAGGCCAGUAAUAUUUUGAUUGAUGAUGAGUUUAAUGCCAAAAUAUCAGACUUUGGUUUGGCUAAGAUGCUCGGUGCUGGUAAAAGUCAUAUUGCUACUCGAGUUAUGGGUACCUUUGGCUAUGUCGCACCUGAGUAUGCUAACAGUGGGCUUUUGAAUGAAAAGAGUGAUGUCUACAGCUUUGGAGUUCUUUUACUGGAGGUUAUUACUGGUAGGGAUCCAAUUGACUAUGAUCGCCCCCCGAGUGAGGUAAACCUAGUAGAUUGGCUUAAAGUGAUGGUUGCCAACAGACGGUCCGAAGAAGUUGUUGAUCCACACCUUGAGAGAAGACCGUCGACAAAGGAGCUCAAACGUGCCCUUUUGACAGCUCUGCGGUGUAUCGAUCUGAAUGCUGAGAAGAGACCAAGGAUGGAUCAGGUGGUCCGGAUGUUGGAUUCUAGCGAAACCAUACCUCAAGAGGAACGAAGACAGCGACCUAACCGGAUGCCUGACAACACAGAAACCAUGCCAUUGAGGGGCAAGAACAGCACCGACAAUAGCGAUGCCCCUGAGCGUGAGGAGAGGCCCCCUCGGCCAAAGAGUCGUACGUUUUCGACCAAGUGAGGUAAACAAGAGAAGGAAAGCUCAAACAUCUGGAGAUAAAAGAUAGAGAGAUACAUACCUUUGCGAGAAAGGAAAAACACACUGUGGAGAAAAUUCGUCUGAAUACGUAACGGAUUGAUUGCUUUCUUCUUCUUCUUUACAUCCCUUAGAGCAGGGAUUUUUCUUGCAUUUGUUGGUACAUGGAAAUUGAAUGGAAUGGAAUGGAAUGUACAGCGGUGUGGUAUGAAGGAUGUACAGUACUGCUAGCUUGUAAAAAAAAGGUCUGGAAAGCUCUCAGCUGGUAUAAGCUACAGACCUUUUCCCUUGUUAUCUCUGCUAUAUUCAGUUGUACACACACCCAAAGAGUAUUAAAGUCUUGCAAAAAAAAGAGAGUAUUAAAGUAAAGAGAAAAUUUGUCU